UGAUGAUAUCUGCUUCAGAUAUGAGCAGGAAGUGGGCGUGUGCGCGAGGAUAUAAGCGCGCGCAUCCCCGAGCAUCAAUGCAACCCGAAAGCAGCGCGCAAUGGUGGUCCUCGCAGCGUUGGUUCUGACGGUUCUCUUUGGAGCCGGUUUGCCGGCGGAGUCUCGCACUUACCGGCACACGGACCCGGUCACCGGACAACAGCUGCUGUGUGACAGGUGUCCGCCUGGAACGCGCCUGCGCGAGCACUGCACGCGCUCCCGCCCCACGGUGUGCGCGCGCUGCGGAGCCGGUCUGUUCACGGAGUUCUGGAACUACAUCCCCGACUGCCUCCGAUGCGACGCGUGCUCCGAUCACCAGCGGGUCGUCCGGCCGUGUAACGGGAGCGUGAACACGGUGUGUGAGUGUGAGGCGGGCUUCUUCUGGGACCAGCACUUCUGCAGGAAACACAGCGCCUGUAAACCCGGCCACGGAGUCAAAGCUCCAGGGACGCCGCACAGAGACACGGUGUGUGAGCUCUGCGCAGACGGACACUACGCUGAUGUCACGCAGACGCAGGCGGUAUGCGUCAUUCACAGCAGCUGUAAGACAGACGAGCAGCUGCUGCUGCCCGGAUCCAGGUGGCACUCUAAUGUGUGUGCGUCCUGUGCCGGUCACACAGAGAAAGGCUUGGUGGACUUAUUCAAGCCGGUCGUGUCCGCUCUGAACCCUCAUUACGGGGCGUCCCUCGAGCGUCUGCAGAAGUUAGUGAUGCGGCGUCUGCGCAGGAGGAGGUUUGGUAAGAGAGCUGCGCUGCGGCUCCAGUCCUGGUCCGAGGAAGACGAGGAGCUGCUGAAUCUGCCGUCCGUCCUGGAGGAGUCUCACCUGAACCCGCUGGCGGACUGGAUCGCUCGCAGGAUCCUGCGCUUCCAGCAGCACUGCGCUAACACUGUACCGCAAACAAUAUGAGCGAGCAAACGCUGUUCACGUUGAGUUUGAUACUGUCUCACCUGCUUUAUAAAAUAAAUCUAGAAGUGCAUCGGAUUUUUGUUAUUUUGACCGUUAUAUACUUUGACAUCUGGACCGGCUCAAGGCUCCAGUGAAGGAUGUCGGAUGCGUGACACUCAGAUUGUACUCCUGCACUUCACAGUCUGUCCUGUCAAUACAUUUCACAUGCUGCUUUUGCACUGGAUUCCACCGUUUUGUAAAUAUCACAGAUUAUAUUUUUUUGUAAUGGUUUUGCAUUGAAACACUGUUUACUAUUUAUUCACAAACUGUAUCAGACUGAAAAACAGCUUAUUAAACACGGAUAAAAUAUUGAAAAAUA